UUUGUCCGCGGAACCACUCGCGAGCGGGAGCUCGCGCUGAAAGUUGGCGCUUAUUUUCAAAAGAGUUUCCACCAAUCAGCGGCGGAGAUCCGGGCGGUUGGCCCUCCUCGAGGCGGCGCUGAGCUCCACGAGGAGCCGCUAACCAAUCAGCAGCCGGAGGUCUGAAGCAGCGUCACGUGACACAGCCGGUCCCACACUUUAAGAGCCGCGAGUCUCUGCUCCGACUUCACAUUUCUACUGUUGAUAGAAACAAGAAGAAGCGAUGGCAAGAACCAAGCAGACCGCCCGUAAAUCCACCGGAGGAAAGGCUCCCAGGAAGCAGCUGGCCACCAAGGCAGCCCGCAAGAGCGCCCCGGCCACCGGCGGCGUCAAGAAGCCCCACCGUUACAGGCCCGGUACCGUGGCUCUCCGAGAGAUCCGCCGCUACCAGAAGUCCACCGAGCUGCUCAUCCGCAAGCUGCCCUUCCAGCGCCUGGUCAGGGAGAUCGCUCAGGACUUCAAGACCGACCUGCGCUUCCAGAGCUCCGCCGUCAUGGCUCUGCAGGAGUCCAGCGAGGCCUACCUGGUCGGACUCUUCGAGGACACCAACCUCUGCGCCAUCCACGCCAAGAGGGUCACCAUCAUGCCCAAAGACAUACAGCUGGCCCGCAGGAUCCGUGGAGAGAGAGCUUAAACUAACCAACCUCUACUCAAUAACACAAAGGCUCUUUUAAGAGCCACUUCCCUCAACUGAAAAGCUGCGAUUCUCCAUUUUAUUACAUAUGUGAUAUAAUUGACAUAAAUAUUACUAGAAGUUUUAACUAUUAAGGUUGCAUUAUGUGGAUUUAUAAUGGAUUGCAAACUGUAUCUGACAGACAUAUGUGGGUCUACAUUACAAACAUUUUUAGGCUUACAAGUUAUUAAAUAUAUACUAACUAUAUAUGACAAUACUAUACAGACACGUUGUUGACAGUGUUUACUGUAGGCCGUACUACUAAUACAAGCUGUA